AUGGAGCACCCAGUGACGGACAUCCCCACGGUCAUCCAACUUCUCACCCAGUCGUCACCUUCAUUGCAGCAAAAGGCUCUGGAGCGGUUUUUCACCCCCAAUGCGGCAUUUGUGCAUCCCUUCUGUCGAGUUCCCAGUUUUGAUGGCAGUCGAUGGUGGGUGAUCAAAAUCUUCCAGUGGUACAAAAUCAUGUCACCUCGCAUUGAGAUGCAGAUACACUCCAUCGCAUUUGAUGAGCCACAUUCGAAGCUUUAUGUUCACAUGUCUCAAAUAUUUUCCAUCUGGAUUGUGCCUUUCCAUGUUGCGCCUGCCACUCUCACGACUGUGCUGGACCUCUCGACCGGCUCUACUCAGAACGAUGUCUCGGCCAACGGAGACCGGACGCUGUACUACAUUACCAAACAAGAGGAUCUGUAUCAAACAUCCGAGUUUGUGAAGUUUCUGCUUCCGCACCUUGGACAUUGGAUAAUCCUGGCCUGGCAUUUGAUUGCAACCUUCUUCUGUGUCGUGGGUGUGACGAUGUUGUGGCCCAUGUUGUGGUUGGAGGAGAAAGGUUACCUCUCCAAUCAGAUUACUCGCGGAGGAAAUGUUGCUUGCAAGAUGGACAACAUGAUGGCCCCGGAGGUCAAGGGCCAGUGA